AUGGUAACUUCGCAGACUCAGUCUAGUACCUUGAACGACACAACCUUUCAUUUCUUUCCUCGACUUCCCACAGAAAUUCGACUGGAAAUCUGGAGAGCUAGCCUGCCGAGCCGAAUUAUCCCUAUCGACUCGAGAAGACCAUGUCCAGGGCCCAGCGAUGACCGUAUCAGUAUCUGGCAGCGACCCCCCUCAAUUGCGCAUGUCUGUCAAGAAGCUCGCGGCGUUGCAUUUGGGCAUGGGCACCUACGCUGGGCAGAGAAUGCCACUGGACCUGUCAAUCGAUGGGCAAAGACGUGGAUCGACCCAUCCAGAGACCUGAUCUUUAUUGAUACUGUGACGGACCUACCAAAAGCCAUCCCAAAAGAUAUUCUCGACGACCAUUUACUGGCUGACGCAAAACAGGCCAAGGCGGUGGUGAUCAGCUGGGAUUACAUAAACUUUCAACACAUAGAGCAUACGGCACAUUUGAUGGAUUAUCUCCAUAGCCCGUUUCUGUACAUUGCUCAUAAAUGCAUAGUGCAUUUGAGCCAACAGGAAGCGAUUGACUCAGGACUCUUCGGCUGUAAUGCUGAAGAAACUGCAGUCUUGGUGGAUUACAAAGAUAAAGAUCGACUUCUCGCAUUCCUUGGGGUAUGCGAGCUCACGAAUGAGGGUCUCUUUGUUUUGAAAGAACUUAUAAACUCACUUGACGACCCAUCAGAAAGUCAAGUAGGAAUUUUUGAGUAUGCACAGAAAGAUUUCGUUCGAGCGUGGCUUCGACUUCAAAGACACGGGAUUCCUACGUUUGCACAGGCCAAAGACAAUCCUGCUUAUGAGGGCUUGUACGACGAAUUCCGCUACCUCAAUCAUGACCAUUCUUUAGUCAAGAUUGCAAAGGACUCUGUACCAAAGCAUAGACCAGUGUUCAUAUUCGAACUUUGCCAGAACGCUCAGCAUCUGUUGAUCAUGAAGCAUCUACCAGAUAAAAAGAACUUUAACAGUGUCUGUAACGAACUUUUUCUCAAGCAAAUCUAUACUGCAGAUCAAUUGCGUGAACAUCUCUCUCUCAACCUGCUUCAGUGA